UUCACCGAACAACAUCCAAGCGUCCCAUGUCGAAUCGUGUUUGCCGGAUGGCGUGGAAUUCGAAGCUUACGACAUUACAUUGGACGACAUGAACGCUGUCACCUGAUGCGUAUGGCUAACCUCGAGCCGAAACCGAUGAUUUGUGGUCGCACUCCUACUUCCAAUCACGAUAAAGAAAUUGACGCUGAUGGCCCGGAUGAACCGGAAGAAGGAGACGAAGCCCCUGGGGACGACGAUUUUCAGUGUGAAUCACUGUCAACGCGGUCAAAGCAGAUCAAUGACUGA